UUUAUUUCCUAUGCCGAAGCUUAUUACACAAAAGGCCAGUUGAUCACUCACACAUACACACACAGAUUGAACAAAUACCAAUAACCAGAUGGCCUACCGUUCCUUGUCCUGAGGAUUUAACAGCUAAAUUCCUCUGUUUCUUCUUCUUCUUCUUGUGUAUUCUGGUAUCUGGAGUUGGGAGGGAAAGAGAGAGGGAUUGAGGGAAGGCAUCAAUGGCGGAUUCAUCGCUUGGACCUGCGAGUUUCAUGACUCAGGCCAACGCUUUGCUUAGGAAGAACCUUACUUUCCAGAAAAGAAAUCUGAGGACAAAUAUCAGGCUCAUAGCAUUCCCAUUUUUCCUCUGUUUGCUACUUGUUCUCAUCCAAAGCUUGGUCGAUAGUGAACUUGAUAAGCCCAAGAACAAGUGUGGCUGCUCCUCUGUUGACAUUAAUAAUGAUGGCAAAAAUGAGACAGUGUGUGGAAUUGAGUACUCGACUUUGGAUCAAGUGGGCACUUGUCCCAUUCCCCACCCUGUGGAUUGGCCGCCAUUUCUGCAAAUACCAGCUGCCGAAUAUCGUGCAGUUGGAACUGAUUUUAUUCCUUUUUCGGACUUGCCAGAUGAGUCUUGCAAAGGGACAGACUCCUGCCCUGUAACUAUACUUCUCACUGGGGGUAAUCAAACCCUUCGAGAAAGCUUGGCAGGGAAUUUAUUUACUGGAGCUUUCUCUCCAAAUUCCUCUGAAAUAUUUUCUAGUUUGGCCAAUGUUCUCCUGGGCUCAUACUCAAAGCCACAAGAAUCUAAUUAUCUUGAACCAGCUUUUUCCUCAAAUGUUCCAGUCUAUAUUAUUCAACCUCAGUGUGCACCAAACUUUUCGUUUUCUGUUCCCAUUGAGAUAGCAUCUGUGACAAUGCAACAAGAGGUAAGAUGUGUUCAAGGAUUACAUUUAUGGCGCAAUAGUUCUUCAGAGGUAAAUGAUGAGCUAUUUAAAGGUUACCGACAGGGGAAUUCUGAGAGGAAGAUUAAUGAGAUUGUUGCAGCUUAUGAUUUUUUAAACUCAAAUGAAAAUAAUUUCAAUGUGAGCAUAUGGUACAACUCCACCUACAAGAAUAACACAGGAAAUAGUCCUCUUGGGCUGGUGCGGGUUCCACGUUCAGUGAGUGUGGCCUCCAAUGCCUACCUUCAGUUCUUGCAAGGUGCUAGCACAAAAAUGUUACUUGAAUUUGUUAAGGAAAUGCCCAAACUUGGAACAAAGCUAAGUCUGGAUUUCUCUUCUAUUCUUGGUGGGCUUUUCUUUACAUGGGUCAUUUUGCAACUUUUCCCUGUUAUAUUGACAUCUCUUGUUUACGAGAAGGAACGGAACCUUAGAAUCAUGAUGAAAAUGCAUGGUCUUGGAGAUGGUCCUUAUUGGACAAUUUCCUAUGCUUAUUUUCUUUCCAUAUCGUUGGCUUAUAUGUUAUGUUUUGUGAUAUUUGGCUCACUUAUAGGGUUAAAGUUCUUCACACUGAAUGACUACAGCAUUCAAUUUGUCUUCUACUUCAUCUAUAUAAAUUUACAAAUAUCACUGGCCUUUCUAGUGGCAACAUUUUUUUCAAAAGUUAAGACUGCUGCAGUAAUAGGGUACAUAUGCGUAUUCGGAACAGGGCUUUUAGGUGGAUUCCUUUUCCAGUUCUUUGUUGAAGAUGAAUCCUUCCCGAGAGGCUGGGUUAUAGCUAUGGAACUCUAUCCAGGGUUUUCUCUAUUUCGCGGGCUAUAUGAGUUUGCACAGUAUUCCUUUUUGGGAAGUUAUAUGGGGACGGAUGGGAUGCAGUGGAAAGAUUUGAGUGACAGCAACAACGGAAUGAGAGAAGUUUUAAUUAUCAUGUUUGUAGAAUGGUUGGUAGUGCUUCCUGUUGCAUACUAUUUGGAUCAAGUUUUAGCAUUAGGAAGUGGUAUUAGAAAGAACCCUCUAUUUUUCAUGCAAAACUUCUGGAAGAAGCGAUUGCCAUCUCUUCGAAGGCUUAGUUUGCACAGACAGGGAUCUAAGGUUUUUGUUCAAAUGGAGAAAGCUGAUGUCUCCCAGGAGAGAGAAAGGGUUGAACAGUUACUACUUGAACCACAUACAAGUCAUGCCAUCAUCUGCAACAACAUCAAGAAGGUAUAUCAAGGGAGGGAUGGGAACCCUGAGAAAUUUGCAGUUAGAGGAUUGUCUCUUGCUUUGCCUCGAGGGGAAUGCUUUGGAAUGCUUGGUCCUAAUGGUGCUGGCAAAACUUCUUUCAUCAAUAUGAUGAUUGGGCUUAUUACACCAACUUCUGGCACAGCAUUUGUUCAAGGCUUGGACAUACGCACUGAAAUGGACAAAAUAUACACCAGUAUGGGUGUAUGCCCACAGCAUGACUUACUCUGGGAAACACUAACAGGAAAGGAGCACUUACUAUUUUAUGGAAGAUUGAAAAACCUAAAAGGUGCUGCCUUAACUCAAGCAGUGGAAGAAUCUAUUAAGAGUGUAAACUUAUUUCAUGGGGGCGUUUGUGACAAACAAGCAGGGAAAUACAGUGGGGGUAUGAAGAGGAGGCUUAGUGUUGCCAUUUCUCUGAUUGGAGAUCCUAAAGUUGUUUAUAUGGACGAACCUAGUACAGGAUUAGAUCCAGCUUCAAGAAACAAUUUGUGGAAUGUUGUCAAGCGUGCAAAGCAAGACAGAGCCAUCAUACUCACCACCCAUUCCAUGGAAGAGGCAGAGCAUCUGUGUGACCGACUGGGUAUUUUUGUAGAUGGCAGCCUACAGUGCAUAGGAAAUCCAAAAGAGCUUAAGGCUAGAUAUGGGGGGUCAUAUGUAUUUACAAUGACAACAUCUUCAAAUCAAGAGGAGGAAGUAGAAAACUUGGUACGCCAUCUCUCUCCAAGUGCAAACAAGAUAUACCACAUAUCUGGAACCCAAAAGUUUGAAAUUCCUAAGCAAGAAGUGAAGAUUGCAGAUGUUUUCCAAGCAGUUGAGAAUGCAAAGAACAAGUUCACAAUACAUGCAUGGGGUCUAGCUGAUACCACCUUGGAGGAUGUCUUCAUCAAUGUUGCUCGAGAGGCCCAGGCAUUCAAUGUGCUAUCUUGAUUGUUGAAGAUGUUCCCUACCACUAGUUAUUUCUUUAUAUUGACUACUACAAUUAUUUGUUGAUUGUUAUUGAUCCAAAUGAAAUGAUCUUUGUAUA